UUCUCGUGUCAAAAUCGUCAAAUCCCGUCUCGCGGUGUAGACGUUUGCUUGUGUGACUCGUUGGCUUCACACCAAUCGUGUUUAAACUUUGUUGUGUUUUGUGUUAUAAAAAUGCCUUUUAUUUCAAAAGACUGGAGGUCUCCUGGUGAAGAAUGGGUUAAAACUCAAGAGGGGUGGGAAAAGAAGAAGGUGUUGGAGUGCACCGCACAACGAUAUCCCGCUAUAACUAACUUUAAUAACUCAGAUGAUAGUCAACAACAAAAGUCGUGGUCUUCAGACGGUGAGGAAAGUGAAAAGAGCUCAGAUGGAGUAAACAGAAUACCUCCACAUUGUCACAUCACUAUCAAAUGUACCAGAGAGAUUGCAGGUUUUAAUGGUCUAUCGGAAGCGGUGCGUCGCCUGGACUUCUCAUCCGCAGUGCGUGAUGUCCGACGCUUCAACUACAUCUGUGCUCUGCUAGAACUGCUGGUCGGCGGCCAGAGACUCACGCACCUGCCUGGAGCUGCACAGAAACUGCUACUGUCCAUGUUGGAGCAACUUGCUGAUCAAGUGGCAACAUCAAAACAUAACUUGAAUGCUCUCCGCGCGCUCGUGAUGUCUGUGUCAUCUGCGCGUGAAUCGGAGAAGCGGUCGUGUUGGGGCCGGCCGCUCGGCUCGCGAGCGCUGUGGGGCCACCACGACCACGCCAUCGCGAGGAUCAACCGCAUCGCCAAUAGUAUUAGGAUACAAGAGCCGGGACCAGAAGUAGUGCCGAAGCUUCACGACUUACCUGAAGAAUGUAUCAGAGAAAUUCUUCUAAGGAUAUCGGAUCACAGGGAUUUAGAUGUAAGUACCUGUCAUGAUACAAUAGUAUUGUAG